UAGUGGCUAUUCUCCGAAGUCACAUAGGUCGGCCAUUUUGUUAAAUUUAUUUCUAAACGUAUCCCCUCCAAAUUGAAAACAACCGAAGGUUGACGCUGUUCUCAAUUCUGAUAAAGUAUUUUUGGUUAGGUUAAUAGCUGUAUAGAAGAUAUUUAACAUGAUUUCAGUGAUCAUAUAAUUUUAUAUUUAAUAAAAUGGAUGUUGCUGGAGAUCUAACAUUACAAUGGGUGGAGGAGGUGGGAAAUGUGAUUCACGAAGAAGUGAUAUGUGGGCUGGAGGCACAGUUAGUUGGAGCAGAAGAAGAAGUAAUCGGAGCAUGCGAGGAAGUUGCAGUUGAGGAAACAGUAGAAUCUGUUCCUAAUGUUACUCCUACAACCGAGUCAGAGAUAUUAAUGGUACCCCAGCCCAGCGACAUGGAAUCUAUUUACAUAGUGCCACAAGAUCAAGGCCAUGACUACCUAAAUAUACAGGUUACAGAGGAAGUUAUUGCAGAUAACUGGGACAGAUCUGGUCCAGAAGAUGGGGUUGAGAUAUCAGAAUCAAAAGUAUCUCAUGAAAACUUGUUGGAAUAUGAUGACAUGGAAAUACCAUUACCAAUUGAUCAAGAUUCUUACACAAAUAGCAGACCUUAUCCGUGUGACUUCUGUAGUAGGAGGUUCAGAAAAAAGGCAAAUUUAAUGAAUCAUAUGGUAGCACAUCAGACAGACCGCCCUCAUGGUUGUAACUUAUGUGGGGCACGUUAUGCAAGGAAAUGUGAUCUUAUGAACCAUUUGAAGAUUCAUGCUUAUGCACCAUCUAGAGAUGGUUUGGAGGAUGAUUUAAAUGAUGAUGAUUCAUUGGUACCAGAAGAAGAGGAGUCUACUAAAGGUAGACGUAAAAAGGUACAGUCAAGUGUACCAAGAAAACGCAAAAAUCAUUCUGCUCUUUCAAAACGCAGCAUUGAAGAUAGUAAAAUGGAAAUGGGCAAGUAUGUCAAUAAAUCUUACGAUUACGUUGACGAGGAUAUGCGUCUUUUGGAAGAAAUGACUAGUAGAAAUUCUGCACGUAGUAGUAAUUAUGCAUCAAGCUCAAGAUGGAAUGAUCAGAUGUCACCAGAGAUGUCCACUGAACCUCAAGCACCACGAUGGCCUAUAACUGAUCCAACAAAACCAUAUGUAUGUCAGUAUUGUGGUGUUGGUUUUGCAAGAGAAAAAGCACUUGCAUCCCAUGCGCGUAUCCACGGUGGUGACAGCCCAUUUGAAUGUACCACAUGUGGUGAUAUGUUUUGGGAUGUUAACAGUUUAAGAGAACACGUCCGUGUCAAACAUGGUGGUGCACCACAGUCUGACAUAGAAGAAUACGAUAAUGAUGCUACAUACACAGGCGACGAAAGAUUUGGCGAAUUUUAUUGCAAUAGUUGUGGUGUUCCGUUCCACCGUUUGGAUUUACUUAAACGUCAUCAAAAGAUUCAUGUGAAACAAGAAGCCGAUAUGAUGGAAGGUCCAAGUCAACAUCAUGUUUGCAAUGUUUGUGGUGAAUGGUUUGAAGAGGCUUUGGCAUUGUUAGCACAUGCCGAACUCCAUGCUAGAUCACCCAGUCGUCGAUGUUUAUUAUGCGGUGAAAGAUGUCGUGACGACGCUGAAGUUGCUGAACACGUACGGCAAAAUCAUGCCGAAGAUGCUCCACCAAAUACAUGUACACUUUGCGGGAAAACUUGUAAAGAUAAGCGCAGUUUAUUGAAGCACUCGUGGGUGCAUAAUGUCGAUAAAACUUUCGGAUGUACAAAGUGUGGUAAACGUUUUCAUAGCAAAGCCAGAUUACGGAGACACAUGGUAUCGCAUCGCAAUAAGAUGGUAGCCUGUGACGAGUGCGGAGAAGAAUUUCCCGAUGGUAGAGCUCUCGUUAGCCAUCGUCAUUCACACAAUAAGGAGUUAGGCGGUCGUUCUUUUCCAUGUCGAGAAUGCGGGAAAACAUUCGGAAGUCGUAGUUCGCAGCAGAUUCAUAUCCGAAUUCACACCGGAGAAAGACCGUACGGUUGUAGAUUUUGUUGGAAGGCAUUUGCCGAUGGUGGAACAUUAAGAAAGCACGAGCGCAUUCAUACAGGCGAAAAACCGUAUGGAUGCGCGAUUUGUCCAAGAGCUUUUAAUCAAAGAGUUGUUCUCAGAGAACACGUACGAGCUCAUCAUUCAGGUCCUGAUCCAAAAUGCGUGGGUAGCAUUACACCGUACUUAUGUAAAGUGUGCGGUGAUGCAUACGGGACAUCAGAAGAAAUAGUUGCUCACAUUGUGCAGCAUUGUGAUGAUAAUACUGCGCUAAGACGCCAACCGCAAACUGGACCACGUAAAUAUAAGAGAAGACGUAAACUGAAACCUCAUGAAACUAAUACAGUGUUGCGUAUGAGCGAACAAUAUGACAUGAUGGAAGCAGGCUCUGAUUCAGAUGAUAAUACGAAAAGAAAACUUGGAAGGAAAAAUAAACAACAUCGAUCGAACAUUGAAGAGGGUUAUCAAAAUGUCCUGAAAAGUUUUGAAAGCUCUUUACAGAACAUCAAUUCGAUUGUUAGCAAUUCUAAAUUAAAUCCAGGAAAAUCCAAGCUCUCUAAGAAGAAGCUUAAAAAAGAAGAGAAAAAGAAUGAAGCGCAAGCUUCGUGUCAUCCUGGUAGACCAAAAAUGAUUCACACCCAAAAAACAAGAGUGCCUGUAGAGAUCGGUAGUGAUGGGGUUAAAAAGGGACAAAAAACUAAAACUAUGGUAACAAGGACGCCUAAAAUGAUGCCACAGGAACAUAAAUUAGGAAUCUUCCCAGGUGGUGAAAGAAAUAGGCCGAGAACAAAGAAUGUUAGUUAUCAUAUCGAAGGGAAAUUUCAACCAUCAGCUGCAACAUUCCCAAAACCAAAGGAUGAAAUUCCAAGAACUCCGACACCAACGCAUCAGACGUUACCAAUAACACACAUAAAGUUGGAACCUAAUUUACAGAAAACACCGAAUAACAAUCAUAGAAAUAAUAAUGGUAAUAUUCUUGCUAUGAACAAUGAAAAAAUGGAAUCACCAGUUAGAAAAAGAUCAGGUGUAUUAAAGAGAAUUAAGAAACAAAAGGAUGGAAUUAAACAAGAACCAAUGGAUAUUGACCAAGAUGAAAUGCAAAAUAAUAAUAACACUGAAAAUACAAGCUCUGAAAGAUUAAUGGAACAUACAGUGGAUGGAAGCAAUUUACAAGUUGCAUUUGAAGCAAGCGUUACAGCCGAGGAAGAAAAUAUACUUCCUGAUGUUGGAGAUGUACACGAUACCGAGGAUGUUGGACAUGGAAAUGUCAAACUUAGUGUAAAAGUUGAAUCAACACCGCAGCGAAUGUUGGCUGUUCAUAGUGUUAUAGCACCCGUGGAUGAUAUUCCAGAAACUAUAAUACCAGAUGCUGUUGAGUAUACAUGUGAAAUGUGUUCUGCGGUAUUUUCCAGCAGAGCAGAAUUGUUGGUUCAUGUUCCAAUACACAUUUGAUUUAAUUUGUUCAAUGAAGUUAAAGAAGGGAUAAAGUAGAUAAAAAAGGAAGCUGUACAUAUUAUUAUCUCGGAUAUGGUACGGUGGUUUAUUGUUAACUGUAGACAUAUUUUUUUUAACAAAUUGCCAAUAAUGAUAAAAAUACAAUUAUGUCCGCACAAAGUCACGGAUAAUACAAAGUACAUAUAAUAAUAACAUAUGUACAAUUUGUAAAUAUGUAUUUCACUUAUAUAUUUUAAAAUUUUGUGUCAUUUUUAUCGUAUAAUAAAUUUGACAAAAUUAUAGAUUAUAAUUAUAGAUACAUACGAUAUUAUAUAUUCGUUUUGUGAAAGUACACUAUCAAGUACACGAUUCGUUUGUUUUUGUUUAAAAAUGGGAAUUUAUGCGAGGUACAAACUGCGGUAGAAAACUGUAAAUGAAUGAUAGUUACGUAUAAUUUUGACUUUAUAUUGUAUAAAGUCUUGAAACUUUAUAUUAUAAAAAUUAUAAAAUAGUGAUAUAAUAACAAUGUUUUCACCAUUCAUAAAAAUAUGUAUCAUAGUGUCUAUGUUUAUGCUAAAAUCAGGUAAAUUUAAGAUAUUGUAUCUUUGAC